AUGCCCGCCACCGGGGAGGCGCAGCCCGGUCCCGAUCCCGGAAAGUCCAGCCGCUCUAGCGGGAUUAAGGACCUACCUUUCCGCUGCCGGAGACGCGAACAGAGGGGAGCGGGAGAGCCCCAGUCUCCCCAGUCUCCCCAGUCACCCCAAUCACCCCAGUCUCCCCAAUCACCCCAGUCACCCCAAUCACCACAGUCACCCCAAUCUCCCCAGUCACCCCAAUCACUGCAAUCUCCCCAGUCACCCCAAUCACCCCAAUCACCACGGUCACCCCAGUCUCCCCAGUCACCCCUGUCACCCCAAUCACCCCAGUCACCCCAAUCACCCCAGUCUCCCCAAUCAGAACAGUCACCCCAAUCAGAACAGUCACCCCAAUCACCACGGUCACCCCAGUCACCCCAGUCUCCCCAAUCAGCACAGUCACCCCAAUCUCCCCAGUCACCCCAAUCACCACGGUCACCCCAGUUACACCAGUCACCCCAGUCACCGCAAUCUCCCCAAUCACCAAAGUCACCCCAGUUACACCAGUCACCCCAAUCACCACGGUCACCCCAGUCUCCCCAAUCAGCACAGUCACCCCAAUUACCACAGUCACCCCAGUUACACCAGUCUCCCCAGUCACCACGGUCACCCCAGUCACCUCAGUUACCGCAAUCACCACAGUCACCCCAGUUACCCCCAUCACCCCAAUCAGCACAGUCACCCCAGUUACCCCCAUCACCCCAAUCAGCACAGUCACCGCAAUCUUCUCCCCAGUUACCCCAGUCACCACGGUCAACCCAGUCUCCCCAGUUACCCCAGUCUCCCCAAUCACCACGGUCACCCCAGUCUCCCCAGUUACCCCAAUCUCCCCAAUCACCAUAG